GUAACCCCUAUAUUACAGCCUUUGCCAUUGCCAUACACAUCGUUUUUGUAUCUUCUAUUGAUAUUCUAUUUCUCGGCAAAAUCUCACAACUAACUUCUUCUCCUUCUCCUUCUCCUUCUCCUUCUCCAUUGCCACAUCUCUCUCUUCUCUCUUCAUUGAUUGGAUCCGAGAUGGAGCCAUGGGUUGACGAUCUGGCAGACGAUCUACAAAGUGUGAGCUUCACCUCCGCCGGAACCACCGUUAACCGAAGCACUAGCUCCGGCUCUCGCUCAUCCUCCUCCGCCGCAGCUCUCACUCCGGCGACAUCUUUCUCCUCCGCCAAACUUCCUCCCUCACUCAGAUCGUCUCUCUCCCUCUCCGAUCUCCGGUUCCGUCUCCGCCUCGGCGCCGGAGACAUCGGCUCCGUUUUCUUAGCCGAGUUCAAAUCCACAACCGCCGUCGAAUUGCCGCUCUUGGCCGCCAAGGUCAUGGACAAGAAGGAGCUCGCGAGCCGGAGCAAAGAAGGCAGAGCCAAGACGGAGAGAGAGAUUCUCGAGACGCUCGACCACCCUUUCCUCCCCACGCUCUACGCCGCCAUUGAUUCACCGAAAUGGCUCUGUUUGCUGACGGAGUUUUGUCCCGGCGGCGACCUCCACGUUCUCCGUCAGAAACAGCCUUCCAAACGCUUCCACGAAUCCGCCGUCAGAUUCUACGUAUCGGAAGUGAUCGUAGCCAUGGAAUAUCUUCACAUGAUGGGGAUUGUUUACCGAGACUUGAAGCCUGAGAAUGUGCUGGUUCGAUCAGAUGGUCACAUCAUGCUAACCGAUUUCGAUCUCUCCUUGAGAUGUGAUGAAUCCACCUCCACACCACAGAUUGUACUGAACGGCUCUUCUGACCAGAACGAGAGCCAAACAAUGGACCAUCAUCAGACCACAUCGUCUUCUUGCAUGAUCCCAAACUGUAUUGUCCCAGCUGUCUCCUGCUUCCACCCGAGAAUCCGAAGACGUAAGAAGAAAGCUGAUCACCGUAACAACGGUCCUGAGCUUGUGGCCGAGCCUCUGGACGUCCGCUCCAUGUCCUUUGUUGGGACGCAUGAGUACUUGGCCCCUGAAAUUGUUUCAGGAGAAGGGCAUGGGAGCGCGGUGGACUGGUGGACAUUGGGGAUAUUCAUGUUCGAGCUGUUCUACGGUACGACGCCUUUCAAAGGGAUGGACCACGAGUUAACCCUUGCAAACAUCGUCGCUAGAGCCCUCGAGUUUCCAAAAGAGCCAACCAUUCCAAGCGCGGCCAAGGAUCUGAUCUCUCAGCUACUGGCUAAGGACCCGAUCCGACGUCUGGGGUCGUCUCUGGGUGCAUCUGCCGUGAAACGCCACCCGUUUUUCCAAGGAGUUAAUUGGGCUUUGCUCAUGUGUACUCGUCCUCCUUUUCUUCCUCCGCCUUUCCGCAAAGAACUUUUGUCCGAUGACAUUUGUCCUGAUACCCAUGUCGACUACUAUUAAUAAUAUAUUAUUUAGCAACUACGUAA